UUUUGAGUUUUGUUUGAAGAAAAUGCCAUUGAUCAACGAGUUUGAUGUUUUCAGCGGUCUUAGACGUGAGGAGAAUGGUAAGAUCAUUUCGGAAUACAAUUAUACACAUACAGUAGUGGACACCUCUGGUCCAAAACCCAAGCUUGUUCCCCUGUCCACCAAGUACACGUUCAAAGUGGACAUGCACGUCCCGAAGCUAGGUGUUAUGAUCGUGGGGUUAGGAGGAAACAAUGGAUCGACCGUAGUGGCGUCUUGCAUUGCAAACAAAGAGAAAAUUACGUGGGAGACGAAGAACGGCGUUGAGGUAGCGAACUACUACGGCUCAUUGACGCAGGCGUCGACGGUGAGAGUGGGCCAGAACGAGAGAGGCGAAGACGUUUACGUGCCGAUGAACAGGCUGCUGCCAAUGGUGGACCCCAACGAUAUCGUGUGGGGUGGAUGGGACAUAAACAGUGCCGACAUGGCGGAGGCGAUGGCCAGAGCGAAGGUGUUAGAUUACGACUUGCAGAAGAAGUUGAAGCCCAAGUUGCAGGGGAUGGUGCCGUUGCCGUCCGUGUAUGAACCUGAUUACAUAGCGCAGAAUCAGAGCGACAGAGCGGAUAACUUGUUGCAGGCAAAGGGCAAGUGGGACGUGGUCGAGGAGUUGAGAAAGAACAUAAGGGAUUUCAAGUCUUCCAGCGGCGUGGACAAGGUGAUUGUAAUAUGGUCGGCAAACACUGAGAGGUAUUCUGAAGUGAUCAGCGGGUUGAAUGACACCGCAGAGGCGUUGCUGUCAAGCAUCAAGAAAAAUGAAUCCGAGAUUGCGCCGUCAAUUUUGUUUGCGGUUGCUUCUAUUUUAGAAGGUGUGAGUUAUAUUAACGGAUCUCCACAGAACACGUUCGUCCCUGGAGUCAUCGACUUGGCAGAAAAGAACCACGUCUUCAUCGGAGGCAAUGAUUUCAAGAGUGGACAGACCAAGUUGAAGUCUGUGUUGGUUGACUUUUUGGUUGGUGCAGGUAUCAAGCCGGUAUCAAUUGUAUCUUAUAACCAUUUAGGAAAUAACGAUGGUAAAAACCUAUCUCAAGAAGAACAGUUCCGAUCUAAAGAGAUCUCCAAGUCUUCAGUGAUCGAUGACAUGGUCGAGUCGAAUGGGAUUCUGUAUGGGCCGAAUGAGCACCCUGACCACGUCAUCAUCAUCAAAUAUGUCCCUGCCGUCGGAGAUUCGAAACGUGCCAUGGACGAAUACGUCUCCAAAAUUUUUAUGGGCGGCACCAACACGAUUGCCCUUCACAACACUUGUGAAGACUCUCUUCUCGCUGCGCCUCUCAUCAUCGACUUGGUCGUAUUGACGGAGCUGAUGGAACGCAUCACCUACAAGACUGCAGAUAUGGAGACUUUCGAACACUUCCAUCCUGUUCUCUCUAUUCUGUCUUAUCUGUUCAAGGCGCCUUCUGUCCCUCACGGCGUGCCCGUUGUCAACUCUCUACCUCGACAGCGCUCUGCUAUUGAAAACUUCCUUCGUAUUUGCGCGGGCAUCCCCGUAGAGAGCAGUCUGGAUCUCGAGCACCGAACCGGCAAAAUCGUCUCUAACCCUCUCUGCCUGAAAAACUAAGAACGUGACGGGAUCAGAAACUUAAUAAAAAAAAAACUUUUUUCCUAAAA